GUGAUGUAUGGAGGCCGAGCUAUAGAUGAUUUUGAUCGACGUAUACUCAGAACAUACAUGGAGGAAUACAUGGGAGACUUUAUCUUUGACUCCUUCCAACCUUUUCACUUCUAUCAUGAUGAGACAGUUGACUACUUCAUACCUCAGCCAGAAGUCCCAUCUGCCAAAGAUGAAUACUUAGCAUACAUUGAGUCACUCCCCCUGGCCAACAAACCAGAUGUCUUUGGAUUAAACCCAAAUGCAGAGAUCGGCUACUACACACAGGCAGCUAAAACAAUGCUAGAGUUUCUGGUUGAGCUGCAACCGCAGACAGGUGCCUCAUCAUCUGGAGUCAGUCGGGAGGAGAUCAUUGCACACAUAGCCUCCGAAAUCUUGGACAAGUUGCCUGUAGAGUUUGAUCUGAUCAAGAUACGAAGAGUCCUUGGACUGGACAUCUCUCCUACAACAGUGGUCUUGCUACAAGAGUUGGAGAGGUUUAACCAACUGGUUGCACGAAUGAGGCGCUCACUUGCCAUGCUAAAAAGGGCUCUUGCAGGGGAGGUUGGUAUGAGCAGUGAGCUGGAUGAUGUAGCCAAGUCUCUGUUUAAUGCAAAUAUUCCAUCCAUCUGGAGGCGCCUGGCUCCCAUCACUCUCAAGUCAUUAGGCAACUGGAUGAUUCAUUUCCAGAAAAGACUCAAACAGUACUACCAGUGG